AUGGCAGAGGCGGCUGUAGAUCUUGAGAAAUAUCAGCUUGUUCUUCUGAUCGUAGGAUCUACAGUCUGUGUAGUCGUCACGUGGCUGAUUGUAGACUUUUGUUUAUACCGCCGUGACAGACGAGCAAAACGGCAGAAAAAUGACGAUCUCUUGGAUUCACUUCCCAAUAAAACACGCAUGCUCAUUCCCUACACCAAAGAUUCGUCAAUACCUACCACUACUCAGGUGGCUGUUCCGAAGAGACGGACAAGUUUUAGAAAAUUUCUAAAUUUUUUCAGUAUUAAAAAGAUUGAAGAGAACGAGAAUGAAACAAUAGAAGAGGGGAAACGAUCAAAAAGCCUUGAUGAGGAUAGCCCCAAUGAGAAACCGUUACUCCGGCGCUUUACUGAAAUAUUUUCCAACAAAGUGUCCAAUUUAAAUGAUUCCAAGGUAUCCUCUAAGGAGGACCAUAAGGAUACUUGUUUAUCGUCCGACAGAGAAAACGUGGAAAGUGCAGACAGCGGAAAUUUUUCAGAGGGCAGAAGAGAUGGAGAAACAAAGUGGAAUAGUGACUUGUAUGAAGCAGAUGGAGGAAAAUACGAUACUGGCUUCAAUGAUUUUGAGGAGGAGGGUAUGAGAGUGCUGCCACAAAAGAAGAAAUCAAAAAAGAAGAAAAAUGAAAAUCCCAAAAAGACAUUUUCUCUACUACAUCACAGAUAUAUCUGA